CUGCGCCAAGGCCACUAGUGUCAAAUUUGGCAAGUGUCAGUGUCACUGGCGGUAUUUCUCGUAUCUUUUUUUGAUUUUUUCGUUCGACAUGUCGAGUGGUGACAAUAAAACUCUUUUAAUUCCAUCUCCUUUGAUUACGAAACGAAACCGAACACCGUCAACGUGCGAGCGGAUCCUGAAACACCAGAAUUUAUACGGGGAAAUCAAGUCCUUCUGUAGGGAAAAGGGCCACGGGUUUAUCACCCCCGAGGAUGGAACUGAGGACAUUUUCGUCCACAUUUCAGACAUUGAAGAUGAGUACAUUCCUAUAUCUGGCGACAGGGUCAAGUACCAACUGUGCCCAAUUCCCCCAAAGUUCGAAAAGUACCAAGCGGUUCAUGUGCACAUUGUAAACCUGAAACCAGAAGUACACAAACGGUGGGAGAGUUACUAAACCAAAUCUCGUAUUACCAACAUGCAUUUAUUUUAGUAAAAUUUCAAACGUUUCCUGCCUUUUUACUUUACUCUUUACCCUACAUUAUAUAUUUUGAGAAAAUAGUUGUUUACAAGGUCUUUGUAUGUGACAAAUAUCAAUAAAACUCAUAAUCAACCUC